CGGAUUUUAGGUCGGCGCUGACGACAUUUUGUUAAUAAUUGUAGAUUUCUUCUAAAUUAUUAAGUAUUUUGUUAGUGCUUAGUGUUAAUUAUUGCCACGAAGAUGGCAGACAAUGAGCAGAAAGCAAUGCAGUUGAUGGCGGAGGCCGAGAAAAAGUUAAACUCUUCAAAAUCCUUCCUUGGAUCACUUUUUGGGGGCUCAUCAAAACUGGAAGAGGCAGUAGACUGCUACCUCAGGGCUGCCAACCUAUUCAAGAUGGCCAAGAAGUGGGCCCAGGCGGGUAGUGCGUUUUGCAAUGCCGCACAACUCCACUUAAAAGCUGGUAUGCGACACGACGCAGCAACCAACUUCGUAGAUGCCUCAAACUGUUAUAAGAAAUGUGAGCCUAAUGAGGCAGUAUCGUGCUUGCUGAAAGCAAUCGAGAUCUACACAGACAUGGGACGAUUCACGGUAGCGGCUAAACAACAUCAGAACAUAGCGGAACUAUACGAGACCGAGUGCGUGGACCUAGCGCGCGCGAUGCAACACUACGAGCAGGCGGCGGACUACUUCCGAGGCGAGGAGUCCACCUCUUCGGCCAACAAGUGUAUGCUGAAGCUGGCCCAAUACGCGGCCCAACUGGAACACUACGACAAGGCUAUACAGAUAUACGAGCAGAUCGCCAAGUCGUCGCUGGACAACAGCCUGCUGAAGUACAGUGCAAAGGAGUACAUGUUCCGCGCGGCGCUGUGCCACCUCUGCGUGGACAUUCUCAACGCUCAACACGCGGUAGAGAAAUACUGCGGACUGUACCCUGCCUUCGCGGACACUAGGGAGUACAAGCUUGUCAAGGAACUAAUCGAACAUCUAGAGGAACAGAACGUGGAAGCGUUCACAGAAGCGGUGAAGACCUACGACAGCAUAUCGCGACUGGACCAGUGGUAUACCACUAUACUGGUACGCAUCAAGAAGCAGAUCAACGACAAUCCAGACCUGCGUUGAGGCCCCAACGCCCCGCCUGCCGUCAACGCCGCGUGAGUUACUCUAUGCCCCUCUUCAUUGCUGAAAAACUUCCCAUUAGACGCUGUUAUAAUUUAAAAAAAACUACUAGUUUGUCUAUGACCAUUUAUUGCUUAAACACUUGAUACUCGAAGCUGUAAUUUUUAAUUAAAACUUCGCGAGUUUGUUUAACGCCGCGUGAGUUACUCUAUGCCCCUCUACAUUGCUUAAAAACUUCCCAUUAGACGCUGUUAUUAUUAAAAAAA